AUGAGCAUCCGCAAGAGAUCACUACCGGGUAUCCACACAGACGAGAUAGCAAAAGCCAGACUACCCCUGCCAUCCGGUUAUACAUUGCCCCGCGCUGCUUACACCAGCAAAGAAAUAUACGCGCUCGAAUGCGAGCAUAUCCUGCGCAAAAGCUGGCUGCCUAUCGCUCGCAUAGACCAGGUUCCCGAACACGGCAGCUACCUGACCCUGGAUCUACUCGGGCAACCUGUGAUGGUGGUCCACGGCGCGGACGAUGAAAUCCGUGUAAUGUCCAGUGUCUGCCUGCACCGUGGUGCGCCCAUUGCCCAGGGGAGCGGGAAACGUAAUGUCUUCACCUGCCCCUAUCACGCGUGGAGCUACGACACCACGGGGCAACUUCGCCGGGCACCCUUGAUGGAAGGCGCGGAAGACUUCACCGAAAAUGCACACCGGCUGCCGCAGAUCCGGUCUGAAGUGUGGGAGGGAUUCAUCCUGGCUAACCUUGACCCCGAUGCGCAGCCGUUAGCGCCGCAGAUCGCAGCAUUCACCGACUACUUCAAGAACUUCCAGAUGGGUGACAUGUUUGUCGCAAAAACAUUGACGUUCGAUAGUGGAUGGAACUGGAAGGUACUUGUUGAAAACUUCAUGGAGGCCUAUCACCACAUUGCGAUUCACUCCACCACCUUUGAACCGGUUUUUCAUGCCAGAGAUUCUCGAGUGCCGGACAACACAGGACCCUGGUCAAUAUUGCAUAUGCCAGCAGCUUUUGAAGAAAUGCCACCGGGCUCUGCCACCAUUGCGGGGCUUGAAGACUGGCAGGCGAAAGACCUCUUUGCGAGCGUGAUUUUUCCGCACUUCAUGCUGGGCAUUCAUGGACAGGGCGCCGCCUGGUAUCAGGUCAUACCCGCUGCUGCAAAUCAUCUGACUCUGAAGAUCCACCUGAUGAUGCCGAAAUCCGCUGCCGAGCAUGCAGAUUUUGAAUCCAUGGUGGCAGAAAUGGCGGAAUCGGUUUCCGCCAUUCAUCAGGAAGAUAUCGAAGCUAACGAUCUCGUUUGGGUGGGUCUGAACGCACCGAUGACAGAACAGGGAAGACUAUCACCACUGGAAAAAUCUAUCUGGCAGCUGAAUCAGUGGUGGUUGGAUAAGAUGUUAGGUCACGAUUGA